AUGCCUCAGCGCUUUUUCGUCCACCAUAGUGGCCUUGUCACAAAUGACUUUCCGAUGCUCUGGGUCGGCGAGGAUGCACCUGCGCUGCAGAGGCGCGAGUAUAUGUACGCUUUCCUCCUCUGGAUGCGACCCGGCACUACAAUCGGUGAGGUCCAGGAGGUCGAGGUCGAGUUCAAGGAUACUUCUCCCACUCCCCAAUAUCCAUGGGACUAUAGCGGACCUCGAUACCAGUUCUUUAGCGACCAUCUUUUGAGACACCAGAGUCUUCGGCGCUUCCUCCUCGGCGAGUUGAAUUCCCAAACGUCACUUCUUUUGGCGCUCACACACCAACCGAGCACCGCCGAAUCACUUUCUACCGAGAUCCCUACCGAGUCUUUAUCGACCCCAGACACUCUUGUCCACCAUGAGGAACCUGCGAAUCACGAUACCCAGAUCCCAGAGGCUCGCAGCGCCAUCGCCCUUUACCUCGAUCGAGUCGCCGAUGUUAGCGCUCGACUCCAGUGCGUCGAAGAUGAGAACUUCGACAGCAUCACCGUCGCAUUCCUUGUCACGGCACUUGAUCAACCCGAAUCUGCUCAGCGCAUGUAUAACUUCGUCAGAGAAGCGGAGCUAGGCAUGUGGUACCGCUUGAACGAAGUCAGCUCAAAGCCGCUUCGCGAGUUGACUUCACUGGGAUUACUGCAGGAGGAUAAUGAUUUACAUGGGCUGAAUUGUGCUAUCGUUUCAGUCACUGAGGAUGACACGAGUUGUAGACGCCUUCAGUUUCAACAUGUCUAUGACCAAGAGUAA